AUGAUCCGCGCUCUGAUCCUGAUCGCACUCGUGCCGGCCGUUGUGUACGGCAACGUCGGCCGUGAAUGCUCCGGAGGACGCCCACUGACAACGAACGUGAACCUGCUGGGUUGUACCGCGCCACCGUGUGACCUGGUCCGCGGCCAGGAUGUGAUUGCCUACAUCGACUUCACCACCGAUCGUGCCAUUACUAGCAUGACGACGGUACCGACGGCUACGGCCUUGGGCAUCACCGCACCCUACCCGCUGCCGGCCGAGUUCGCUGAUACCUGCGCCUGGUUGGAGGGCUCCAGUUGUCCGCUUAGCGCCAAUGAGGAUGUCACCUACCGCCUGACGAUCCCGGUGCUGCCGAUCUACCCGCUCGUCAACCUGAGCAUCGAGAUCGACAUCGUGGACCAGAACGACGAGUCUGUGGCCUGUUUCGUGGUUGACGCGCGUGUUGUGGCUGCUUAA